AUGAAUAUUGUUGAGUGGGCGUUCGGCAAACGUAUGACGCCGGCGGAGCGUCUACGCAAGCACCAGAGGGCCCUCGAUAGGACGCAGCGAGAACUCGAUCGGGAGCGCAUCAAGCUAGAGAACCAGGAGAAGAAACUCGUACAAGACAUAAAGAAGAGCGCAAAAAAUGGUCAGAUCGGAGCGUGCAAGAUCCAGGCCAAGGACCUGGUGCGGUCAAGAAGGUAUAUCCAGAAGUUCUAUCAAAUGCGAACGCAAUUACAGGCCAUCUCUCUCCGUAUUCAGACUGUCCGCAGCAACGAGCAGAUGAUGCAGUCCAUGAAAGGUGCGACGAUGCUUCUGGGCAGCAUGAACCGACAAAUGAACCUCCCCGCCUUGCAACGGAUUGCUAUGGAGUUUGAACGAGAGAAUGAUGUUAUGGAUCAACGCCAAGAUAUGAUGGAUGAUGCGAUUGACGAGGCAACGGGUAUGGAAGCAGACGAGGAAGAAGGCGAAGACAUUGUUAAGGAGGUUCUGGAUGAGAUUGGAGUGGAUCUUAACCAGUCGUUGGGAGAGACUCCUUCGGACAUACAAAAGGCUACCGUUAGCGAAUCCAGAGUCGCGCAGCCUGUUGGUGCUGGUGCCGGCGGCGGCGGCGGCGGCGGUAGUGGCGGUGGAACUACAAGCGAUGAUGACUUGCAGGCACGGCUUGAUAGCCUUCGAAAAUGA